GAUACAAUUUGUAAAACUACAGUGUAAAUUAUCAUACACAUAUUAUUUAAGCUCGAUUGCGAUAUAAAUUCCAGCGAUUUAUGCGAAAAGCAAAUACAGUAGCUAUAUUAUCGUGUAACGUGUAAACUUUAACAGGGUACUUGGUCAUGAUUAGACCCUUAUAGGCUUCCGUAACUUCUCUUACUGGUCAACCAUGGAUUUUAUCUUUAACUUUACAACAGGUAAAAUUAUGUUGAUCCAGGUCAAAUAUUGAGAUUUCGAAAUAAAGUAAUGUAUACAUGUCCAAUAUCGUGAUGAUACACUGCUGCAUUACACAGAUAGAGGUAUGUUGGUUAUACUACUGUUUCUCUGAGUAAUAACUUGUUGGUGUUGAUGAUCAACUUCUAGCUAAACGAUGAAAAUGAACGUGGAAUUUAAGACUGGUGAAUGGGAUGAUUGUUCUGAGACAUCUAUGAUACAUUUGUCUUACAUCAUUCAAACUUUACUUCCACUUCGAUGGAUAGGAUGGGAGAAUGGUCCAGGACGUAAAACCUAUGAGAAAUUUCUGCAAGAUAACUCAUUUAACGAGGAAGACAUUAUAAAGUAUAUACCGACCGGAAGUCAGGCAGAAGGAAUCGGAAUACCUGAGGCAAUAAGAGCAGGGUCGAUUUCCGUUCAACCAGAAAUAUUCUCUGAUGUUGAUGUUUUGUGUGUAAUUAAAAGCAUGGAAUUUUCCACAAGAGAACUGAGCAAGUCUAGUUUACAAUAUCACGGAUAUUUGGAUUACGCUCAUACGCCACCUGGUUAUGUUCGAAUAUGUUUGUUAACCAUGCCUAAAAAUCCAGAUAUGGUUACAUAUGAUGUGGAAACAAACAAGAACUAUUUUAGGAGCUAUAAUGUGUCGGAGUACAUGUUUUCAAAUUUAACAUUUACUGAUUCAGAAAAUAAAAAAGACAAAUAUCAACAAGGACCAGCUAUGACAAUAACUGAUCAUGGAAAACAAUCAUUGAACAAGGUCGAGAUUGAACCGUUAAACGAAAUAUCGACAGACAUUGUUACAGCAUUUAAAUGUACACCUUGGCCACAUUUUGCUUCAAGUUUGGAAAACAGAGCUAGGAAUUCAGAGUGGUUAAAUUCAGAUUUGAUAACAUCAAUAUUUGAAGACGGUUGUCAUGUGGUUGGUGUGCCCUCCAAAACUAGCCAUAAACCUGACAUUGAAUGGAGACUGUCGUUUUCAGCAUCUGAAGGAAGAUUAGCACGUGAAGCAGUAACAGAUCAUCAAAGGCGAUGUUAUAUAUACCUGAAAAUAUUGCGAUAUCAAGCUAUGAACAAAGGAGAGACAGCUUUGUCUUCGUACAUGUUAAAAUCGAUAUUUUUACACUGUUGUGAGAAACUUCCAGUCUCUUAUUGGAAAGAUUAUCCAGGCAACUGUGUGAUUUACAUGAUGGACGUUCUUUUAGAAUGCCUCCAAUCUAAACACGUGCCUACAUAUUUCCUUCCAGAAAAUAACUUAAUUAGUCACCUGACUAAUUCCGAUUUACAAACAGCAAUAACAGUUGUACAGAAUCUUCGUUGUGACCUGAUAAGUCCUGUUCUGGAUUUUAUGGACCAUAGAUGUUUGUUACUUCAUCCACUUCUUGGUUCAUUCAAAAUGAUGAUACAGCCUGUACUAGACGAUAUGAAACAUUUUAAAGUGCACAGAGACAGUCUGCUCUCAAUCAAGCGUGGUAUCAGCCAGUCGAUAUCUAUCAUUUGCUCACUUUAUCUUCAUGAAAACACCACUGAUGGUCCAGAAUAUAUACCAUUACGUAAACACCAAGAAGCAGUCAAAUGUCUUGCUGAUGUGUAUACAAAUUGGCUCCACAAAGUUUAUCCGAGGGAUAGCCUUUUAAGUGUUGUGAAUACAUAUGGUCUUUCUCUUAAAUCGCUAGAACGUUCUGUUCGUUUCUUCAAAGCAGCAGUAUCUCUGUCUGAAGAAUACCCAGAAUUUAAUCAGUGUAGAGGAAAUCUAGCCUGCAUGUUACACGCGUACGCUUAUGACAAAGAUGGGGAGGUUAACGAUCAGUAUUUGAAACAAGCAGACAAACUUUUUGGACAAGUCUACAAGGAAGAUAAAACUUGUGUUGUAGACUAUGCAACGUUCUUGUUGAACCAGAACAGAUACAGGGAGGCAAAAGAAAUAUUAGAAGACUUUUUACAGAAUUGCAGCGAUUUAUUUAAAAAUAUUUACAGUUAUUCAGCAAAAGAAAUAAAAACAGUUGAUGAUUGUAUGCGAAUUCACAUUAUAACUUACAGGUCUGUCACUGGAGAAGCAUUAUCUUUUGUCUAUUACUAUAUAGUCAAAUGUUUAUGUGCACUUGAUAUCAAGGACAAAUCUUUAACAAUUUCUAAAACAUUAAAUAAAUUGCAACAACAUCGAAAUGAAAUAAAGACGGGUUGCUCCUUUGAUUUUUAUGAGCAGGCAAAAAUUAACGCAUGCAUCUGAUUUUAUAUAAAUUGACUUUUUGUUUAAAAGUUGGUUAAUGGUUAAAUGAUAGUGAUUGUAAUGAUAGACACAUUUGCAUAUGAUUCUUAACAGAUGUUCUAAUAGGUGUGGUCGAAAUUGCACGUAUAAUUAGGUUGGACUUAAUGUUACAGAGUUACUAAAAUGAAUGUUAUCAUACUUACUGUAAUACGCAUGACCUUGAAAAUGAAUAAUACUUUAUAUUUUAUAUGUUAUGAUUAUAUCUGACAAAAAUAUGUAAAAACGAUACUAUAAUGUUAAACCAAUAAAUACAUACUAAAAUAAGAAUAUUAUGAAAAACUCAGCUUGUUAUAUUUCUUUAACCUAAAAUUACUAUUACUUAUACAGUUCAUCCUCUCAGAAUAUGAAAUUGUGGUAAUGUGCUUAUUACUAAAUUGUGACUUGUAUUAUGUCUACCAUUUAUGUAUAUGUAAAAUGAUUAUGUAUUUAUUGCACAUGUCUAGAAUA